CACUAUCUCUACCCCAGCCAAUCUCAGCUGCUCUAUUCUUACAACUCCGAGUGGAUCGAUACGCCUAAUAACUCGCCGUCCAUCAGAAAUAGAUACCUCAAUCUCGAAAUGUCGUCAACCCAAGUCGCCACAGCUGAUCAAGCCAAGUUUGAAACUCCGUACAAGACCCGAGGUGCAUUUGCCUACAUUUCUCCCGUGGCAGACAAGCAAGGUUCCAAUGCCAUGAAUCUUUCUACGAUAGAGCCAGCCUCUCAAUUACCCCCUAAAACAGUAAAAACAUGGGACAUAUUCUGGGCCAUGUUGAACGACAUAGUCGGCAAGGAUAAGAUGGCCAAAAUCGGGCAGUACACCUUGCGGUUAUUGAUUUACCAUGCUGAGAAAACAGAAACGUAUCUCAGCAACCCUUCCAUCAACAUCGGCAUCAUUAAUGCUCGCUACAAUAACAAAGAAAAACAGUUGAACUUGAUUUCAAACUUCCUCAAACACCCAUCGGACUUUAUUAGAAUCAUUGUAAUACUAGUGUGUUCGCUUUUCCGUGAGCGAUUUGCUGGUAUGGUAUCUGGCUUAUCUAUGUAUAGACAGUUUUUGCGUUUCGGUAAAACUCCUUUCAGAAUAAGAGGAUUAGCCAACAAGUUGUCAAGCAAUAUCACCUACAAGAAUAACGACGUCAAGAUUAACUACCCCAACAUAAUGAAUAGAAAGACGUUAGGUGAGGUGUUUUCGUUGUAUUACGGAAUCAACGACGAAUCCUUGCUCUUGUACAAAUUGAAAUUCUUGUCUAAUGAGUCGUACCACAAGUUUGUACUGCGUCACGAAUCCUUUGGUUGGUACUCUGAAACAUGGUUAGCUCUCUAUAAUGCAUACGAGAACUUGCAGAACUUAACACAACAGGAAAUGGACGUAAAGAUACUGAUACAGGUCAAAAGCAAAGCCAAACUCUUAUCUAAACAAUUACUUGGAAGUGGAGCUGUAUCUUCUUCUUCCAAUGAGGACGCAAAAGUUUUGCUGGAUAUCCAGUUCAAGAAGAACAAUGCCUGGUUGGAUAUCUACAAGAACAUCAGUGACUUGAUCUUUAAUACCUAUACUGUUUUCAGAUUGCCACUUCCUUUCGACACGAUUCAAAUAUGGAUGGGAAUAAGUGCAUCGGUGUUGAGCACAGUCAAAUUGUACCGCGAAACAAAAAAGAAGAUGAUAGAGAAAGCGUAA